GUGAUCACUAACAGCGAUCUUUGGGGGAAUUUGCAAAUCAAUCAAAUGAAUGUGAUGCAGGAAGUAUAUAGAGAAGCGUCCCCGCUCUAUAAAUAACCUGGACGCCGAUAAGUGCAGCCGAUGGAAUGCAACCGGAUAAAAAUACAACAGAGAGAGAGGAAGAUAAUUUGUGUGCAUUGAUCACUGAUCGAUGGUUUUUGAAGGUGAAGAUCGCUGGUGAUUUUGAGGGAUGCUGCGCAACAAAAGGCACAAUGAGAUCUGUGACCCAUUUCAGUUGAUCGGUGAAUGUCCUGCAGAUCGUGUCCUAAAUUGCCAUCAGGGCGUAAAACGUGCGUGUUUGUGCAGUAGUGAGGUGUGAUCAACCCAAAAAGAAUUUCUUGACGAAUUUUAUUUUGGCAACAGGGCUGCAAAACAGCGAAGAUUAUUUCCCACAAUUUGCGAAAUUGAGCGAAAAGUAGACUGAAAAUAGAGUUCAAUGGCAAGCUUGAUGGCAAGGAGUGCACCCCACCCUAGAGCAAAUAAUUUCGAUGGCAGGCGCGAAAGUGCAGAACCUCAAUCGAGCCCAGCAGACAAGAGUCGAUCGCGAGUGGACAAACACCGUGUUAAUCCGCUCAACGUUGGGCAAGCUGUGGAAGCUGAGCGGAUUGUGAGGAUCAUCGAGGAGAAGACAGGCAUCGAUCGUUUGAUCGAGCGCAACAAGAGGCGUCGGCACGAGGAUAAUCUCAAGCUGCUGCGGAAGCUCAACGACAUCGAUCUCUUUGCUGAGCGCUUCAAUUUGCAGGAGACAAAGAAAGCCGUCAUGGGGGACUACCGGCAGGACGUACAAAUGUCCAAGGAGCUCAAAAAGGCCAUUCGUGGCAAGUCUGCAAAUGCCAUCAGUGCAGCCCUUCUGGCUGAAAGUACACGCAACAUCGAAGGGCAUGCAGCUGCUGAUCAUUGCCUCGCCGAAGAGGGGACAUUUGUGCGAUCAGGUAGUAUGUCCCGUGGACAAAGUGAAAGUCGCUACGUGCGUACGAUGCACGUGGAAUUUAUGGAUGAACGUGCCAUCAAUCAGCUCGAAGCUUCCGUGAAUAAUUCCCUGCAGGAAGUGAAGCGUGAACUUGUCAAUUUCAAUUGCAAAUCAUCAGAGAUCUACCAUGAGUCAAGGUAUACACGAAAAGAAAUUAUCAGCCCCUUGAAGAAUUUGCCCAAAGCAGCAGUAGCAGCAUAUAGGAAAUUGGUGCCAAUGUUGCGCAACAGCCACUCAAAGUGAACUAAAAAUAAACUCAUACAUAGAGACGACUGCUUUUCAGAGCAGAACACAAUCUGGGAAGGGAAAUUUUAGGGCAACUAAGCAACAAAUUUUGAAGCAACCCCCAAAAAAAACCAUAAAUUAACACUCCAUGUUAACCCGC